AUGCAGCUGGCCUGUUGGCUCCUGAAAAGACUACAUUUUUCAGACCCUACUGAAGGAAUGAAAUUCAUCCAGCUCAUUCUGCUGUUUUCAGUGGGUGCGGCCAAUGCCGCUACCAUCUCCCGAGCUCUGUGGCAGUUCCGCGCAAUAAUCAAAUGCACCAUCCCGAACAGCCACCCACUAAAGGAUUACAAUAACUAUGGCUGCUACUGUGGCUUCGGAGGCAGUGGAACACCGGUGGAUAUCCUUGACAGGUGCUGUCAGGUGCAUGAUAACUGCUAUUCUGCGGCCCAGAAGCUUUCAGCAUGCAAAGGACUUCUGGACAAUCCUUACACACAGCUGUAUACCUACAGCUGCUCAGGCACCACCGUUACCUGUAGCACCAAGAACGACGCGUGCGAGAUGUUCGUCUGCGAGUGCGACCGCCAGGCGGCCAUCUGCUUCUCGGAGGCGCCCUACGACCCGGAGCACAAGGACCUGGACUCCGCCCUGUGCGGCUGA